CUUGAACGUGAUGCUGGUCGCUUACUUGAUUGUAAAGUUAGGAUGAAUUUCUGCCCCCUGGGUGCAUGUGCAUUGGCUGGUACUGGUUUACCCAUUGAUAGGUUUAUGACUUCUGACGCUUUAGGAUUCACUGCUCCCAUGAGGAACAGUGAAAGGUCUGUAUUUGAGAAUGGAGAUGACAGUGAG